CUUCACACAGAUGUCGAUCGAGGGGAAGGACGAGCCAAAUAUAUCCUGACUGGAGAGGGAGCUGGUUCUGUGUUUGUUAUUGAUGAGAAAACUGGCAACAUCCAUGUAACAAAGUCCUUGGAUCGGGAAGAAAAGGAGGAAUAUAUUCUACUGGCACAGGCUGUGGACAAGGUUACCCUUCGACCACUUGAGCCCCCCUCUCAGUUCAUCAUCAAGGUGCAAGACAUUAAUGACAACCCCCCUGUUUUCCUGCACCCUCCCUACCGGGCCUCUGUGCCAGAGAUGUCCAACGUAGGGACCUCUGUGAUCCAAGUGACAGCCAGUGAUGCCGAUGACCCAACAUAUGGCAACAGCGCUAGACUUGUAUACACUGUGCUGGAAGGGCAGCCAUACUUCUCUGUGGAUCCACAAACAGGUGUGAUCCGCACUGCUAUCCCAAACAUGGACCGUGAGACCCAAGAUGAAUUCCUAGUUGUCAUCCAGGCUAAGGAUAUGGGAGGCCAUGUAGGAGGUCUCUCAGGCUCCACCACAGUUACAGUCACCUUAACAGAUGUAAAUGACAAUCCACCCAAAUUUCCUCAAAGCCUGUACCAGUUCACUGUGUUAGAGGACACUGUUCCUGGCUCUCUGAUUGGCCGACUUAGAGCACAUGACCCAGAUAUUGGAGAAAAUGCCGAAAUGUCAUAUAGUAUUUUAGAUGGUGAUGCUGGAGACACCUUUAGUGUAAUGGUAGAUGCUGUUGGUCAAGAUGGCAUUCUCAGAGUACAAAAGCCUCUAGAUUUUGAGUCACGCCGGUCCUUCACAUUCCGUGUGGAAGUGAUGAAUACUGUCAUUGAUCCCCAAUACAUUCGCCGUGGACCUUUUAAGGAUGUCACAACAGUGAGAAUAACAGUUGGAGAUGUGAACGAGCCACCAUAUUUCUCCCAGGACCCGUAUAUUUUAAGUGUUCAAGAAAACCUCCCUCCUGGUACUCUUGUGGGGGUGGUUGAAGCUAGAGACCCUGAUUUACAAAGCAGCUCUCUAAGUUACUCCAUCGAUCCCCUCUCUGACCCUGAGGCUCUUUUUUCUAUUGACCCUGAAGAUGGAACAAUUGGAACAAGUACUUUCUUGGACCGAGAGAUCAAGAAAGAGCACAGUAUUACUAUAAUGGCUACUGAGAACGACAGCCCCUCCCAGGUGUCACAAGUUGGCGUUGUGAUCCAGGUGUUAGACAUCAAUGACAAUCCUCCAACACUUGCGGAACUAUAUAAACCACAUGUAUGUGAUAAUGCACAACCUGGGCAGAUCAUCCAGACUAUCAAAGUGAAAGAUGCAGAUGUUGAGAAUGGUGUUUUCUCUAUUCGAAGUCCAGCUGCUGCAUCUGAUGGAAACUUCACUAUUCAAGACAACAAAGAUGGAAGCGCGUCUCUUCUGGUGAAGCACAGCAGCUUCUGGAGAUCCCAGAGGGACCUCUUUUUAGUGCCCAUAGAAAUCACAGACAGCGGAGAUCCCCCACUUAGCAGUACUGACACCCUGACGGUCUCUUUGUGUCACUGUGAGGCAGGCGGAGCGGUCUUAACCUGUCAUAUGACCACAGGGUCAGCUGCUGGACUAAGCACUCCUGCUCUGCUGGCUAUCCUGGCUUGUGCAUUUAGCCUUUUGGCCCUAGUAUCCCUCUUCUAUUUACAGCGCAGACACAAACCAUCCCCCCUGUCUCUAUGUGAGGAUGAGGAUAUCCGAGAAAACAUCAUUACUUAUGAUGAUGAAGGUGGAGGAGAACAAGACACUCAAGCAUUUGACAUGUCAGCUUUGCAGCCUCCUCAAACAGGCCUCACUGGAGGCUUCUUUCACCCUCCCCGAAUGGAUGUUCUUCCAAGGGUUCCUCACCAGCCUGCACCCCGAUCACCUCAGCCAGCCCCUGUUGAUGUACAGCGGUUUUUGGCGCUCCGUCUAAGAGAAGCAGAACGAGACCCUGUAGCUCCCCCCUAUGACUCCAUUCAAGUUUAUGGGUUUGAGGGAGGAGGAUCUUCAGCUGGAUCCCUUAGCUCGCUGACCAGCGGCUCUGGAGGAGUUGGGGAAGAUGAACCUAUUGGGGAUGACAUAUGGGAAUGGGGCCCACAUUUCAGGACACUGGCAGAGAUCUAUGGAGCAAAACGAAGAAAUUCCAUUCCUGAAGAUUAA